AUGCGGCUCCUGAUUGACUUGAGGUAUACGUUUCCUCCACUGCUGAAUUUAUUCUCGUUUCUGUCCUUGACAUCCCAAAAUGAGCCUGCAUUUCUGCCUGCUGCUUUCCUCACUGAUCAGCCCAUUUCCAUCUUCGUGCUUGCGUUCUUGCUUGUUGCCACUUUCUUAACGCUACUCUUCCUCUUCUUCUCUGUUGAACUCCAUCUCACCCCGCAUCCCAUCAGCUUGCGAGCUAGAGGUUUCUCCAUUGCCCUUUUUAUCUCACUCGUAGCCGCAGGCUUUCUUCCGCCUUCACUCUUCUGGCUUGUCUAUUUAUUCAUCUUGAUCACAGCUCCUUGGCACGACAAACUGUUUGAUCUAUUUAUACGCUUUUUCCGAUGCUUUGCUCUCACCCUUCAAUCCCUUCCGACAUUUAUGAUCAACAUUACGCAGAAUCAUGAAAACCCAGACCCAUCUUCUCCUCAGGUCGUUGAUCUUGAAGUUGGAACUGUAGCAAUCGAAGGAGGACGUCAACCCUUGCGGAGUCAGCAAAGUUCUGAACCUGACGGCGUAUACUGA